AUGGGAAGGUUCAACACCACUUUUGGAGAUGGCUUUGUUUUGGUGGGCUUCUCCGAUUGGCCUCAACUGGAAUUCGUUCUUUUUAUCUACAUUGUGAUUUUCUACUCCUUGACUCUGUUGGGCAACACCACCAUCAUAGUUCUAUCACGACUGGACCUUCGGCUGCGCACGCCCAUGUACUUCUUCCUCUCCCACCUCUCCUUCCUGGAUCUUUGCUACACCACCAGCACGGUCCCCCAGCUUCUCAUCAACCUGCAGAGGCAGGACCAGACCAUCAGCUAUGGUGGCUGCGUGGCCCAGCUCUUCAUUUUUCUUGCCCUGGGUUCCACUGAGAGCAUGCUCUUGGUGAUGAUGGCCUUUGACCGCUAUGCUGCCGUGUGUCGUCCGCUACACUACACGACCAUCAUGCACCCUGUCCUCUGCCAUGUCCUGGCUAUUGCUUCAUGGGUGGGAGGCUUCCUGAACUCUGUGAUUCAGACCAGCCUCAUGAUGGUCAUGCCUCUUUGUGGCCAUCAACUGAACCACUUCUUCUGUGAGAUACCCGUCUUCCUAAAGCUGGCUUGUGAGGACACAGGAGGAACAGAGACCAAGAUGUUUGUGGCCCGAGUCAUAGUUGUUGCAGCUCCUGCAGCUCUCAUUCUAGGCUCCUAUGCACGCAUUGGCAGGGCCGUGCUGAAGAUCAAGACGGUGGCUGGACGCAGAAAGGCUUUUGGAACUUGUGGGUCUCACCUUGUGGUGGUUUCUCUGUUUUAUGGCUCGGCCAUCUACACCUACCUCCAACCCAAGGGCAGUUAUUCCGAGAGCAAGGGGAAGUUUGUUGCUCUUUUCUAUGCUAUAAUCACCCCCAUGCUCAAUCCUCUGAUUUAUACCCUGAGGAACAAGGAUGUAAAGGGGGCUCUGUGGAAGGUUUUAAGGAGAGGUAGAGACUCAGGAUAA